GGCGGCGGAGGGAAGUCAAGAGAGCGGUCUCCUCGAGUCCUCACCAGACGCCUGGAGUCAAACGCGGACAUCGGGCCGAGGCGUCCGUGAUGACAGUCGGAUGACCACAGUAGCGUCAAGUGACACGCCUGCCGAGUACCGAGCCUGCAGCCCCGGCGGUGACAGAGAUCAGACACCAACUGGGAGCUUUUGUCGUCGAGUCACGUCGGGAAGUGCAGUACUGCCAUAGUCUGGAGCUUCCUAACCGGCGUGCAAAAAUUAAAACCCGGUUCCUGUUCACUUAUCACGGACAUACCAUCACCGCUGCUAGCAAUUUUACCUCUCCUCCAGCCAUAGAGCUUCAUCAAUUAAGAUGACUUCCUGGGAUGAUAGCUCUCGCUAGACCUUGAGGGUGAGCUGGGAGCUGUUGCUGUGCAGAUGUGAUCCAAGGUUGCAGCACCCCGGUACCCAUUGAGCCCAUUAGGAGAGGGUCCAUAAACCGCUGUUCAUCUUAUUCUUCAUCCUUUCCCAGCACUAUGACCUCUGAACUGGAAAGCAGCCUGACCUCAAUGGACUGGCUUCCACAGCUUGGCAUGAGAGCAACCAUCCAGAAGACUGACAGAGAUGCGGGUGGUCUCCACCACGGUCACUAUCAUGGACAUCACCACCACCACCACCAUCAUCAUAGUCUCCAUCAUGGACAUCAUGGGCCAGGAAAGAAAAUCACUCAGUUAGAACCUGGAACAACUUUAGACCAGGAGGAAAGUAAUCAACAAAGAGACGGUAAACCACCAUACAGCUACGCAAGCCUCAUCACCUUUGCCAUCAAUGGCUCGCCUCGCAAACGCAUGACCCUCAGUGAGAUCUAUCAGUGGAUCUGUGACAACUUCCCCUACUACAGAGAGGCUGGCAGUGGCUGGAAGAAUUCAAUUCGACAUAACCUGUCCUUGAACAAGUGUUUUCUGAAAGUGCCUCGCUCCAAAGACGAUCCUGGCAAAGGUUCCUACUGGGCCAUAGACACCAACCCUAAAGAUGACGCUGCACCCAGCAGGCCGAAGAAGAGGCCUCGCUCUGGAGAAAGGGCGUCAACCCCUUACAGCUUGGAGUCGGAGUCUCUGCGAAUGGACUGCAUCAUGUCAGGUGGAGCGUCUCCCACUCUGGCCCUCAACGCGGUGACAAACAAGGUAGCACUGUACAGCCCGAAAGCUGACGACUGUGAGAGCCCCGGCAGCCUGAGCAACAGUCUCUCUGAGCAGAGCAUGACAUCCAUCAAUCUGAACAGCAUGAACUCUACCGUGACCGGUGGCAGCAGUAUGCACAACUACACCCCGGCGAGUAGUCACUCCGAGCCUUCGUCCCAGUCCUUGAGUCUUCAGCAGCCCGCACGGCCUCCCCCUCCGCAACCCCAGUAUGCUCUGCCCGUGCCAGAGUCGCGGGACAAGCACGUUUGCUUCUCGGACUUUGAGGACUUGAGCGCAUCCUUCCGAAGCCUGUACAAGUGUGUCUUUGAGCAGUCGUUCUCGCAGCAAGCGUUGAUGGUUAUGCCCGGGGACUCGAACCAUUCUGCUCGGACAGCCUGCUCAUAUCAGCACUCACCUGGUGCAGGGAACGGAGGCAGCGGCAGCACGGGGAGUGGCGGCCACCAUCAUCAACACAACCAUCACCACGCCCACCACCCUCAGCAUCACCUGUCUACCCACGGCCAGCACCCAUCUCUGUCCCACCAGAGUCACAGUGGACAGAGGUGUCCCACGACAGGCAUGACUCCGGAUUGGUACCCAAACCUCGACUGGCUGAAGGAAAGCUGCCGCAUUGCAACAAGUUACAAUUGGGCUGAUGUAGACCUCUCUCCGUUUCAAGGCCUGAAGGAGAGCAUGCGUCAGGCGGAGCUCAACAACUGGUCCCUGGAUGCCUCUCAGAUAGCUGACCUGUGUUCGUCCGUCAACCAGUUUUUCGCAGCCACGGGCGUCAUCCCUCCUCAGGGCUCUGCCCUUUCCCAACCUCAGGUCGCGCAGCCAGCAGCGCCCAGGGCACGGCAGCACCCAGCUCAGCCACACAGCGCCAUCCACCCCAAGGCCGGCCAGCACAAUCAGCACGGUCAACUCAUUCAAACAGGAAACCUGUACAUGGAUUCCAGACCGAACAUUCCGUCUCUGAUGGGCCCACCUGGAUAUCCCCACAUGCCUCCCAUUAGCACCACAGCUCCCACCAUGACGGUGGACUCCUCCGUCACGCUCUUACCAGGGCAUCACAGCCAGCUGAGCCAGCCGCAGCACAUGUUGCCACCAGGACACUUCCAGGUAAGACGCAUGCUGGCUACUGAUGACAUCCAUGAUGACUUUGACUGGGACUCCAUCGUGUGAGCAGCAAGUCAGAGACAAGCAGUGGUGGCAACAGUAGGGCUAUGAGCCCAUUUAAAUCACUUAAGACAAUCCAAAAGAACAGAGUAUUUGACGGGAGGGGACAGAACUGGAGACAAUCAGUGGACCAACUUGUGAAGCGACACUGGUCAACGUCUUAUCAUGAGUCGCCUCUCCCUCAUGCUAAUGUGGGUGACAAGAUUUAAAACUGUCAAAACUUCAUCUGUGAAAUAUUUGCUUUCCUCCAUUUAUUACCACCAAGCAGUAUUUGGGCCACAUGGAAAAUAACAAGCAACCCCCCCCCCCAAAAAAAAAACUAAAGCAAGAUGACACAUGCUAUAAAGGUAAAAGACAUAUUUUUCAAGAAAAAAGUCAUAAUCUUGUAUGGAUACAGUAAUCCCUGGCAUAUUUGCCUAUUUUUUGGUUUUGUCCUGUAUCAUAAAAUAAUUGCUUUGGUGCCAUCUCGUUGUAUCUUUGUACCAGAUAACUAUGCUGAAGUGAGUGUUGUCUUAUUCAUACAGGCUAAAGCUCUAUUAGAUAAAACAGGAGUGCUUUGAUGCCAUCCUUCAUGACGUAUAAGCAAUUAUGAACUCCUUUUUAAGGGAGUGUCAAUUCAUAUUUUUCUUUUCUUGCUUGUCACCACAGUGCUUGGUCCCUUGAGUAGGGGAAGUAAAGUUUAAACGUAACAAGAAAAUACAAAUGAAUGGUUUACUGAAUUUCUCCACACUUAUAUAUUAUAGUCAAAGGCAAGCAUUCCGUAAAAUCAUUCUCAUGACAUUACAUAUUAAAAAAAAUAAAAGAAUUCUCGAAAGAUACGACUUUUUUGAGGAGGGUAGUAAAAUCCAACUUUCUUAGACAGACAAUUCUUCUCAUAACCUUAGUAUUUUGCAUUUUUUUUUCUUAAAAUACAUCUUUAUUCUGAAAUAACUCAAUUGUUGUUUCCUGACAAAAAAAUGUCUGCCUAUAUUCUUUAAAAGAACAAAAACGUUAUUUUCCUGAUAUAAUUUCUUUUUCUUGAAAAUAUGGCUUUAGUCCAGAAAGAUAUUCCCGUGACAUGGAUAUGACUGUAUACUACAACAAAUACAGCUUUUGGUGUGAAGAAAAACAAAAUCACAAUGAUAUUCCUGCAAAAAUGCAGUUUAAUUCUCGUAGCAUAUUUUGUCUUUAAAGAAUUGUAAUUUUUCCCCAAAAAUUCUUUCUACUUUGAAUCCAUGUAUAAUUCUCUUUUCAGCGUGGCCCAACUAUGUCUUCAUAUCCCCCCCACUGCAACUUGAGCAUGUUUUCCUAACAGAGGAAUAUUCAUUUCCUCUCUUCAUCAAAAUCAAAUACUUGGGAUGUUUCUCAUGUUUGUAAAUUCUCUGUACCGAUUCUAUGGUGUCUGCUGGUGUCUGUAUGAGGAGACAUAGAGAGUGUAUGGGUUGCGCGCCACCUGCCGGUCAAAUAUAGCAUCACAACGCGUCUUCUCAAUAAUUCUAAACACGACUCAGUUUUCUGUUGUAAAAACAUUCAUGAAUUUAUCUUGGUCGUUAUUGUCAUAUUGUCUGUAUGCUGUCAUGUUCUCAGGGUAAUUUGCUGAUUCAUUAGUUCAAGCCAUUAAUUUCUCCUAAAGUGAGUGCACCAUUCAGUUCUUGAUGGCUCCUGACAACUGUGUUGUUUGUGUUUUAAAAGCAAAACAAAAGCAGUGGAAUAAGCUUGUGCAACACUCGGCAGCGUUAAAUUCAUGUUUUUUUUUUUAAAGAUCAAAUUCAAUGUGCUUGUCAUUUAUGGCAAAGCCAGGUCAUGACUUAAUUAGGUGACGAAGACAUGCAUUUUUUGCACACAUUUUAAGCAUAAAGCUGAAUAAUAACUUUAAAAAAAGACAAUGCUUAAUUCUGAUCAGCCUCUGUUUUUUUUCCCUAGUGUUGUAGUCUAUGUGUAAAAGAAAAAAGUGAUUUUCUUGUGUACAGCUCCACAUUGCUGAAAAGAAAUGAAGUAUCCGUACCAAUCUGAAGCGGAAGGUUAAAGUGCUCUUUGGAGGGGGAGGAGAGGCUAAAAUUGUCAUUAUUGCCAUUGAUGCUGUAUUACAGGGACCAGCAUUAUAUAACUUGUAUGUGUGUGCGUUGUUGUCCUUUUGUAAAUAGCAUUAUGUUUCUUCUCUGUUUUCCCUUAAGAAAAAGAAAGAAAAAUGCAGACUCAUGAAAAUAAUUAUUUUUGUUAUUUGUCCUUCAAGGAUACACUGUGUGUACCUACCGUCAUUAUAUUGUACAUAUGUGAUUUUGGUGUGUCUUAAAUAAUAGUCUGUGUAUGCUACAACAGUUACAAAUCUGUUUCAGUGUUUAUUAAAAGGCAAUUGAUCCUUUUUACUGCCCUAA